UUCCCUCACAACUAAAUUCUGACUGCUGCUAUUACACUUAAAGCUGCUGAUUUUGUGCAAACAAGAAAACAGCAAAAAUUACAGCCUCCCCAGUCAUGUUUCUGUGCCUUUAAAAUUGGCAAUGACAUUGAGACUUGCCUAGCAGCUCCCUGCUAUUGUAGUAAUCACAAUGACCUGCAAAAUCCACCCACGAGCACUAGACUAGAAUAGAGACUUCAGGCACACUUGCGGGAAGACACUGACUGUACAUUACACCAUCCAGGGUUGACUUCAUGUUUUAUAAGACAGGACCGGUCUGGAUAAACCCAUAUCUACAUUCCACCUGGAGGCAUGGAGACAUUCUGCGGUUCUGGAUAUCUGGGGUCCCAGUUCUGGGAUUCCAACCUCACAUUAUACACUGAUAAUCCAGAUUUAACUCCAUGUUUUCAAAAUACAGUGCUGGCAUGGAUUCCCUGCGCGUACCUGUGGAUGGCACUGCCGUUUUAUCUCUUGUAUCUGAAAUACAACAGAAGAGGCUAUAUUGUGCUCUCUAUGCUGAGCAAGGCCAAGAUAGUGUUUGGAGUGCUGCUAUGGUGUGUAUGCUGGGCUGACCUUUUCUACUCCUUCCAUGGACUUGUGCAGAACCAGAGCCCACCCCCAGUAUACUUUGUAACCCCACUGAUACUUGGAAUCACAAUGAUCACAGCGACAGUACUCACUCAGUUUGAAAGGCUUAGGGGAGUCCAGUCUUCCGGGGUGCUAAUAAUGUUUUGGUUCCUGGCAACAGUGUGUGCAAUCAUCCCCUUCCGCUCCAAGGUUAUGGCCUCAGCAAGGCAGGGCCAAAUUACGGAUAAAUUCCGCUUUACAACAUUUUUCCUUUACUUUUCUCUGCUGGUAAUAGAGCUUCUACUGUCCUGUUUCAAAGAAGCAAGACCAUUUUUCUCCCCCUUCAGAGGUGAAAUAAGUCCGUGUCCAGAAUCAGAUGCUGGUUUCCUUUCAAGAUUAACAUUUUGGUGGUUUACAAAAAUGGCUAUUUUAGGUUACAAAAGGCCACUAGAAGAUAAAGAUCUCUGGGCCCUAAAUGAAGACGAUACUUCCACUGUGGUUGUGACAAAUCUUACCAAAGAGUGGGAGAAGGAAAAAAGUAAUUUAGCGCAGAUGCAAGUCAAGUACAGUAAGAAGCCAGAAACGGUUCUCAAUCAUACAGAUGAGAAAGCCAAUGAAUCUGACAUUCUAAUUGUCGACAACAAGAAACCAAAGGAACCGUCUUUCCUGAAAGUCUUGCUCAGAACCUUCGGGCCCUUCUUUCUCAUUGGCUCCUUUUAUAAGCUCUUCCAGGACCUCCUCUCAUUUGUUAACCCUCAGCUACUAAGUAUUCUGAUAACGUUCAUAAAGGACAAAGAUGCUCCUUCAUGGUGGGGAUUUUGCAUUGCUGCCCUGAUGUUCCUCUCAUCUUUGGUCCAGACCUUAAUCCUCCAUCAGCAUUUUCAGUACUGCUUUGUAACUGGCAUGAGGCUUAGAAGUGCCAUCACUGGUAUAAUAUACAGAAAGUCACUGGUAAUAACAAACUCUGCAAAACGCUCUUCCACGGUUGGAGAAGUGGUGAACCUGAUGUCGGUUGAUGCACAGCGGUUCCAGGAUCUGACAACGUUUCUCAACAUGCUGUGGUCUGCCCCAUUACAGAUAUGCCUAGCACUUUAUUUCCUCUGGCAGGCCCUGGGACCGCCCGUGUUAGCUGGCGUGGCUGUGAUGAUUUUGUUGAUUCCUAUCAAUGCCUUUAUAGCGAUGAAAACUAGAGCAUUCCAAGUUGAGCAAAUGCAGUAUAAAGACUCCCGGAUCAAACUGAUGAAUGAAAUCUUAAAUGGAAUUAAGGUUUUAAAACUGUAUGCCUGGGAACCAUCGUUCAAACAGAAAGUCCUCGAAAUACGAAACAAAGAACUAAAUAUCCUGAAGAGGGCUGCCUAUCUCAAUGCACUUUCGACUUUUGCCUGGACAAGCGCACCAUUCUUGGUCGCCCUGACCACUUUUGCUGUUUACGUUACAGUUGAUGAAAAAAACAUCCUUGAUGCAGAGAAAGCCUUUGUAUCCCUCUCUCUAUUUAAUAUUUUAAGAUUCCCCCUGAACAUGCUGCCUCAGGUUAUCAGCAAUUUGGCACAGGCAAGUGUUUCAAUUAAGAGAAUUCAGAAUUUCUUGGCAAACGAUGAACUAGACCCAAAUGCAGUGACGAAAGACAAAACAUUACCUGGUAAUGCUAUCACAGUACAGAAUGGGACAUUCAGCUGGGCUAAGAACAAUGGAGCAAUACUACAAAAUAUUAACUUGUUGGUUCCAACUGGCUCCUUGGUGGCAAUUGUAGGCCAGGUUGGCUGUGGAAAAUCCUCCUUGGUGUCGGCCCUGCUUGGUGAAAUGGAAAAAGAAGAAGGGGAGGUGUCUGUGAGGGGUUCUGUAGCGUAUGUUCCUCAACAAGCCUGGAUACAAAAUUCCACUCUGAAAGACAAUAUUCUGUUUGGCAGACCUACAAAUGAAAAUAACUACAAGAAGGUUUUGGAAGCAUGUGCAUUAGUGACGGAUCUGGAAGUCCUUCCUGGUGGGGACCAGACUGAGAUUGGAGAGAAGGGCAUCAAUCUGUCAGGAGGCCAGAAGCAGCGAGUGAGUCUUGCCCGGGCUGUGUUUAGCAAUUCCGAUGUGUAUCUCUUGGAUGAUCCUCUUUCUGCUGUGGACGCUCAUGUGGCAAAACACAUAUUUGACAACGUCAUAGGACCCGAUGGUUUACUACGUGGAAAAACAAGAGUGUUGGUCACUCAUGGCAUUAGUUUCCUGCCCCAAGUGGACCAUAUUGUUGUAAUGGUGGAUGGUCGGGUGACAGAAAUGGGAUCUUAUCAAGAGCUUCUAAAGCAAAACGGAGCCUUUUCCGAAUUCCUGCGUAAUUAUGCUUUUGAAGAUGAAGUAGAAGAAGACGAUAUAACAAUUCCAGAUGAAGAAGAAGUUUUAUUGGCUGAGGAAACAUUAAGCGAUCACACCGAUCUGGCAGAUAAUGAGCCUAUUGUCAAUGAAGCCCGCAGGAAUUUCAUUAGGCAAAUAAGCAUCCUGUCUGAUGGAGAACCUUCCCAUGCAAUGUCAACUAGAAGAAGGUUUACUGAAAAGAAGCCACCGGAGAACCUCGUGGCCAAACACCCACCAGCAGAGAAGCUCAUUCAAACAGAAACUGCAGAGACAGGAAGGGUAAAAAUGACGGUGUUCUGGCAAUAUAUCAAGGCAGUUGGGUUGGCAGUUGCUAUAUUUAUAUGUUUCCUGUACUGCUGUCAAAAUGCAGCUGCCAUAGGUGCGAAUGUGUGGCUUAGCGACUGGACCAAUGAGCCAGUAAUAAAUGAGACUCAGCAGAACACACAAAUGCGCGUUGGGGUCUAUGCUGCUCUGGGGCUGCUACAAGGCCUUCUGGUCAUGACAUCAUCCUUCACUCUGGCCAUCGCUGGAAUAGGAGCAGCCCGAAAACUCCAUUCUGCUCUCCUGGACAACAAAAUGCACACGCCCCAGUCUUUCUAUGACACAACACCUAUCGGACGCAUUAUCAACCGGUUUUCCAAAGAUAUCUAUGUGAUUGAUGAAGUGAUACCUGGAACUAUCUUAAUGUUCCUGGCAACAUUUUUCACAUCGCUGUCCACAAUGAUUGUAAUUGUGGCGAGCACGCCCCUUUUUGCGGUGGUGAUCUUCCCACUUGCAUUUGCAUAUAUAUUUGUGCAGAGAUUUUAUGUUGCAACAUCGCGGCAACUAAAGCGUCUAGAGUCUGUCAGUCGAUCUCCUAUAUAUUCUCAUUUCUCUGAGACCAUCACAGGAGCCAUCGUUAUCCGGGCCUACGGGAGGCAAAAUAGCUUCAUUUCCCUAAGUGAUAACAAAGUUGAUGAAAACCAAAAAAGUUACUAUCCAGGCAUCGUAUCAAACAGGUGGCUGGGUGUCCGAGUGGAGUUUGUUGGAAAUUGUGUGGUCCUGUUUGCUGCCCUGUUUGCAGUGAUUGGCAGGGAGCACCUAAGCCCUGGCCUGGUGGGGCUGUCAGUGUCCUAUGCGCUACAGGUAACAAUGUCUCUAAACUGGAUGGUGAGGAUGACUUCAGAUCUGGAGACCAACAUCGUUGCUGUGGAGAGAGUAAAGGAAUAUGCAGAGAACGAGACUGAGGCACCCUGGCACAUUGAAGAUAAGAAACCAUCAGAGGACUGGCCUAGCAAAGGGGAAGUUGAACUGACAAACUAUUCAGUACGGUACAGAGCUGGUCUGGAUCUGGUGCUCAAGAACCUACAUCUCAAAGUAAAUGGAGGAGAAAAGGUAGGAAUUGUUGGCAGAACCGGAGCUGGGAAAUCUUCAAUGACACUUUGUUUGUUCAGGAUUUUGGAAGCUGCAGAAGGAAUCAUUAAAAUAGACGGUGUGAAUAUAGCAGAGAUCGGUCUCCAUGAUCUUCGAUCCAUGCUUACUAUCAUUCCUCAGGACCCGGUACUCUUUUCUGGAACUUUGAGAAUGAACCUCGAUCCAUUUAACAAGUACAGUGAUGAUGAGAUCUGGAAGGCACUGGAGCUGUCAAACCUGAAGAAAUUUGUUUCAGGACAACCUUCCCAACUAGAGUUUGAAUGCUCGGAGGGUGGAGAAAAUCUGAGUGUUGGGCAGAGACAGCUGGUGUGUUUGGCAAGGGCUCUUCUACGCAAAACCCGAAUCCUUAUCCUAGAUGAAGCCACAGCCGCUAUCGACUUGGAAACGGACGAUCUCAUACAAAUGACUAUUAGGACUCAGUUUGAUGACUGCACUGUGCUAACCAUCGCCCACCGGCUCAACACCAUCAUGGAUUAUACCAGAGUGCUCGUUUUAGACAAAGGGAAAAUCGCGGAAUUUGACACUCCGACCAAUCUUAUAGAUUCAAAGGGAAUUUUUUAUGGCAUGGCAAAGGAUGCCGGGUUAGCCUAAUUUUUACUGUUAUCACACGUAUCGCCAAAAUCAUUUCAAGAGAUGUCCGUACUGUACAUACUAUUUGGAAAUCUGUUUAUUUUUUAAAUGUUUUUGUUAUUACAGUUAUAAAGAUAUAGGGCCAAACUAUUUUGUAUAUAAGAUAUUGAGUUGUAAUUGGAAACUCUACAUUGGAAGAGAAAGGACAAAAGAUUUUUAUUCCUGCCUCUACAGAUGGAAUGUGCGUGCCGGAAAAAGUUAUUUAUAAGAAAAGAAAAAGACCUACAUAAAUAAAUUAUAUUCAAUUUUCUUAUAUUUCUAAUUAUGUUAUUAACAUUGCUAACAAAGGGCUUGUCCAACAAAAAGAUAUUUAGCUAUGGAACAAAUACCAUAAAGCCAUGCAGUAAAGGGAUUUUGUAUUUUUUUCCUUCUUGAGAAAUAUGCACUGUAAAUCACAUCCAACCACAAUCAUAGGACUGGCACUGAAAACAUACUGAGGGUCAUUCAUAAACAGUGGGCACAUUUGCAAAUUUUCAUCCGAUUUUCACUAUUUUUUCAGAUUUUUCACAAUUGUAAUUCAGUUCUUAAAUGAACCCUAUGGUGGAGGCAAAGGGGAAGGCAGAAUGUACAAAAGAGAUGGGAUGAAAACAGCAGAGCAGAAUGAUUAGCAUGCAUAAGAAUGGACAGGGUGUU